GAAGGGAAAAUGAUGAAUUUCUAUACUCACAAAGAAAGAAGUACAUAUGACAGCAAAAUCAAACAGGAAUAAAUUUUAGCACAAUUAAUCAAAGUUGUCAUAUAUUUUACGUUUAUCGAACUAAUUUCCGUUUAUCAUAAACAAAACGACAUGAGAGAAAUAAAUUUUCAAAACGUCAAUCUUCUAAACAGUCGAGCUAAUAUGCUCUCAGGGAAUCUGUUACCGAUGACAGAUGAUAAUUCAUUUUCGCUAUUCUGGCGUAUAUACAGAGCUGUUGUUUGGUCAAUAGAACUGAUUCACGCGGCCGCAUUAACCGCCGGAAUAAUUGUAACUCCAAAAGAGAAGGCUUUGAAAGACGGUAUUAUCUCUGUCGUCGUCAUAAUAGAAGCAUCUUUUUUGCUCGCGAAUAUUUACGUGCGCCAAAAAUUAACAAUGCAAGUGAUUCAAAAAAUGAACGCCAUCCUACGAACAGCGGAUGAGAUGAUGGAAGAUAUUGUGAAAACAUCACUGAAACCAAUAAUUAUGCCAUUCAUAAUUUAUGGAGUGGCAAGUGUGAUAUCGGUCACGAUAUGGCACAUACAUCCGAUUGUAUUGAUUUUCGAGAAGUCUACCUUUUACUACGUGGAUUACAAUUUGCCAGCAGCUUUCAGCCCCGAACCGUUCUCAGUCGGCGUUUUAAUUCCAUCAACCAUCAUUAUGACAAUGGGCGGCGUCUACUUGUUCCUGAGGAAAUACAGCUUGGACGUGUACAUGAUGCAUCUGGUGUUGAUGUUAACUGCACAAUAUCGAUACACAGCAAAACAAUUGUCAUUAUUAUUUCAAUAUUUGCAAAACGAUGGCAACAACUCUUUGAAAAAAAGUCAUCUUGUGACAGAUCAAUGGGUGGAGAAGGAGUUGAUAGCGUUAUGUCGGCAUCAAAAUAAUGUUUUGCAAAUAUCAAUUAUGUUAAGAAAACUUCUGUCUAUGAACUUCAGCUUACUAUAUUUAAAUAGUGUUUUUCGUUUCUGCUUUUUAGGUAUUCUAAUGAGCACAAUACCAUCUCUAACAUUUAUGGAAGGAAUUUCGAUUUUAUCAUUUGCAGCUGGUUCAGUGAUGCAAUUCUUUCUGUUGUGUUCUUCUGUCCAGACAUUAUCAGACGCAAGUACCGAAGUGACAGAUAAAGCGUUUGAUGAAGCCUGGCAUCAACUUCAACCACCAAUGAAACGUAUAUUUCUGUUACUAAUACUGGCUAAUAAUUUAGAGUGUAAAAUUGCGGCGGUUGAAAAAUUCAAUUUGUCAUUGCCUUCAUUUAUGACGAUCAUGAAUCAAUCAUACUCUAUUGCUCUUUUGUUCUUAAGAGCAAAAUAAAACAAUGGAUAUAUUAUAUACUUGUAAUAGGUAGAGAAAAUAGAAUAGAGAACAAAUUAUAAAGACAAAAAAAAAUUAGAAAAAAUAUUUGAAAAAAAUUUGU